GACACAGACCGCAACGGUCUCGUGGGCUGCAGCUCGGCAGGCGACGCGUUCAACACUGGCAGCAACGCUCGCCCGGCCCAGUUCAUCUCGCAGGUUGUCGAUCGGGCACUGAGAGUCGCCAUGGACACUACUCCCCCUGAACAAAGUGCUACCACUGCUACUGAAGGUGCUCUCCUGUGACGAUCUUCACCGGCGCUGGUCUGCUGCUGCUCCUCCUCGUUGGAUUCUCGCUUUUCGUGUUCGUCAGCGCAAACACUGGCGACGCGGCGGCAUUCGAAGUCACGGCCGAGCCGGAGCCCGAACCCGAGAGCAGGGCCAGCAAGAGAAGCGGGAUGGAUGUCGCCGGUCCUGCAAAGAACGACUCCGAGCCGCGCUACGGAGGCGAGUCUGGGACCGAUCCCAAAGCAACGCCGAACGAAGGGUUCGACGAGACGGACGACGACAGCCACGCGGUCACCGGCCUCGUUCCCGAGAAAGAGCUACUCUACAAAGCGGCGACGCGCAGGAUUCGCUGGAAAGCAAUGCCAACAGCGACAGCCACGAACGCGGGAACAGUUACCCCGACGGGCUCCGUCACAACCGGCGGACGGCGAGAAUCCUCGAUCGCGGGGCCGCCGGAAGCCGGGCUUCGUCCGAGCGGCGGCGGCGGGCCCCAGCAGCUUCCCGCCCGUUCGCUGGUGUGCGUGCUGGGCGGCCGCUCCGAGGAGUACGGCCCGGUGUCGGUGGACGGCCUCUGCGACGUGGUCCUGGCGCCCUUCUACGCGCUGCCCGGCGGCGACACCUUCCUCGACGACGGCCACGGGGUCACGCAGGCGGUGCUCGAGAUGGCCGCCAAGUCCAUCAAGACCACUUACGGCAUCCACGUCCCGCUCGAAAAGCUGUCUCAGGUGAGAACCGACCUCGUGAGACAGAAAGCCCAGGACAGGAUGAAAUACUACUGGAUCGAGCAGAACAUCUACCACUACGCAGUUCUAGACCUGGAGAUAGGGCUCAACGGCACUGCAGCUUCUAAUAUAGUCGGCCGAGUUUUCACCGUCCUUAAGCUGUUCGCAAAGAUCCAGGAGGCGAUUCGACAGGCGGUGUCGGCCGAACACACGUCGGAAGCGCAGCCCGACGCCUACAUCCUGCUGGGCGUUCACCUACGGAUGGCCACCAACGACAAACUUUUCAAGGCGCUUCAGAAGAACGUCCGGUCCUUCACAAUCAGCGCCCUCAUAGCCAGAACUCACAUCACCGAGCGUGAUUACGACGGCUGCAAGACCAAUGGGCCUGCGCCGUACGCGAUUGAAAAGAACGACCAUAUUAUGGGAAUGUCCAACGCGGUGGCCUACGUGAGGACGUUCCCCUGGGUGCAGCGAACGUCCCUGGCCGUCUCGUUCACGCUGUGCGCUCGCUGGUACCGGCCCAAGAAGGAGUUCCUCGUCGGGGUCGAUUGCGUCAAGGACGCCAUGUCGGUGUCGUCUUCCGGAGCUGUGUGCAGCGAAAAACCAGACUUCUUCGCCAACCAGGCCAUCGACAAGACGCAGCACACGGCGUUCUCGUGGCAGACUCCUGAUCUCAUGGCCACGUACGACACCGCUGACACGAUGCAAUGGAAGAUGUGUUCGCUGGCGUUCGAGUACCGACGCCUGAACCUGGCCGUCGCCCUGUUCGACGUGGAGUGCGACGACUGGCAAUCCCAGUGCACGCGCCCCAGCGCGUCGUACAUGCGGGGCUACGAGAGGACGCGCAGAAUGCGUGCCUACCUGCGCGGCCUGCAGUCGUCCGGCCGCCGGAACGGCAACGUCAGCACCGCCUGCCAGGAAGUGCAGAAGAAGGCCCUGGCAUGAGCACGCUCUUCACCGAGGGCAUGACGAGCACACCCGCGCACAUAAGCACCGUACGGACUGUCAAUGUGCCUUUGCCGAUGGCAGGGGGUUUCAAUAAACUUAUCGUGAUAGC